CGCAACGAUUUGACACACACAAACAAACACAAACGCACACAUCAAAGUUCAGAGUAUAGUUGGACAUGGAGUCGUUUCGCAGACCCCGACCUUCUCUCUCAGCGUUCAGCGUUCUUUUUGUGUUGUUGGUUAACGUGCAGCUGUCUUCAGCGGGAGAAUGCCCUGCAGACGGCCGUACCUGGGUGCCCUAUGGCGGGAGCUGCUACCACUUCGUCCACGGAGAGGAGGACCGGCUGAAGAGCUACUCCUACCAACGCGCCCGGUCCUUGUGUCAGGGCUUCGAGCUGGUGACGAUCCAGAGCCAAGAGGAGAAUGAGUUCAUCCUUAAGUACAGUCCGGAGGUUUGGAAGGGCAACACCAACGUAUGGCUGGGCAUGUAUUACGACACCAGCAGUGAGCGGAUGAGGUGGUUCGGGGGGCAGAACUCCAGCUACGCUAACUGGGAACGCGGCUCGGACGACCCCUCAGACCUGGUUCCCGUGGAAACGUGCGUAGCGCUGCACACCAGCACGGGCAAGUGGGAGAAGAUCAGCUGUGUGGACGAGGUGGAGAACGGGGUCAUCUGUGAGACCAGCCAGAAGGAGCUGACCCCGGGCCGACAGAUCUUUGCUCCUCCCCCAGAGCCCAGCAUGGCGCUGACGGUGCUGGUGGUGCUGAGUGUGGUGGUCGUCAUGGCGAUCUCCACCGUCAUCUGGUUCCUGCAGCAGAGGCGUCGCCCCGGCGCGGGGCUCUUCACGCCCUUCGAGUACCACCCAACGGAGGGGGGGCCGCACCACGACCGCUCAGGGCUGGUGGAGGCCGAGGAGACGCCCUGACGGAGGCGCCCUGACGGAGGCGCCCUGACGGAGGCGCCCUGACCGAGGCGCCCUGACGGAGGCGCUGAGUCCGGACCCUUAACCUCCAGAGGCGGAGGUUUUAGAGAGGGGUUGAGUAUUGAGGAGGCAGAACGUUGUGAGUCAUGUGGAGGUCAUGUGGAGGUCAUGUGGAGGUCAUGUUGAGGUCGUGGCGUCCACUAAGUGAUGAUGAUGGACCUUCACACGGCAUCCAGCAGGGGUGAGACGAGGGGGGAGACGGGUUUGUUUCCAAACAUUAAAUCGAUCGGUUGUUUUGUCAAAGACAAAAUUAAGAUUAAAUUAAAUGUGUGCAUAAUGAUGUGAUUAUGUUUGUAUAAUUGUGUGAAAUGUUAGUUUUAUAACUGUUCUAUGCUAUUCAGUAGCACUGAGAAAUUAUGAUCGAUGAGCAUACAUGAUGAUGGUUAUAAAUAUAUAAUGAUUAUAUAAUGCUUGGUCCAUCCUUGUAAAGUAUACUUGGAAUGUACUGUCGCAAGAUAUUGAACUGGUAACUUUGAUGUUACUAGAAAUCCUGACUUUUCAAUCAAGAGAUAUUUAUCAAAAUAAAUAUUCUGAAAUACAUUUGAUG